GAGAAAACGAGACUCGAGGAGUGUUCUUCCGCUGCGAUCAUCAAUUUUCAGUCAGUCUGGGUCGCAUCGUGCCGGGAAAAAGUCCAAUUUAACGUGCCAUCGCGAGCAGGAGCAAAGUCGUGCCUUAUCCCGCUUGGAAGCGUGAAGUGUGUCGAAGUGAGUGAAAAAACGAGUUCAAAAAGUGCGCGAAAGUCGUCGGUUGCUGGCGAAGUUUGUUGGUAAGGUGAGGAAAGCACAAAAAGACGCACAAGAAACACGGUGAAGUGAACUAAAAACAAAUUAUUGACUGAAAGGUGAGUGUGAGAAAGACCCGAACAGCUACCAUUGGGAAGUGUGUAGUAGGCGGCGAUGCAACAGUAAAACAAAGAAACAAGGACCCUUACAAAGCUGGCGUUGGCUUUAAGGGACGGACUAUCUUCGUGAAAGUUGUGUUGGGAAAAAAGUGAACUCGAGGGCAAGUGUUGAGAUUGGAUUUUGUGAAACACUGCUGUUGCAGGUUGUUGGUCAAACAAGUGUGAGAGAAAAAAAAACAAUACUACCAUGGGAAGUGCGGGAAGAGUGGAACAAUCAUCGCGAAGGAUGCUGAGCAAUCAGAGCAGUAACGAUUCGAUGGAGAUGCAAAAACGAUGCCACUUGAGUGAAAAGUCGAUCGCCGUGCUUUUUACUGUUGUCGCAUCCCUUGGAUACGUAUCGAUGGGAACGAUGGUGGCCUGGAGUUGCAAUGCCUUUGCCAAGCUGCACUUCAAUAUGGACGAUUCUCCGGAGCAACAACGAUUGACUCUGUCGGAAAGUGAUGAGUUUUCCGAUAAUCAGAAGACAUCCCUAGCGGCGACGCCUGCCCUGACGGCCGCCAUCACUGCGAUCGCAGUCUACAAGCUGUACUACAAGAUCGGGACGAAGCUGUUCAUGCUUUCGGCGGCAUUCCUGAUGAUUGGUUCCAACUGCUUGCUGAGUUUUGGCGAUUCGUUUUGGUACUUCAGCGCCGGACGCGUCCUGGCGGGAGUUUCCGCCGGCAUUUGCCUCACGCUGAUUCCGCCGUACGUGGACGAGUUCGCUUCCAAGCAGUACAAGGCCCUGUUGGACAACGUGCUCUACGUGCAGUUUGCGUUGGGUAUCCUGAUCCAGUUAAUGUCCGAUCUGAUCCCCAUCAACGAGUUCUCCAGCGUGAUCUGCUCGGCCUUCCCGAUAUUUCUCUUCAUCGGAUUCCUGUUUCUGCCGGAGUCGGCCCGCUAUCUCUGUGCCAUCCAGCAGGUGAACCGUGCUCGGGCCGUGCUCAAGAAAACCCACUCCAACGAUGCGCUCUCGGUGCAGAUUAUGGAGAACCACCUCAACCACUGGCAACAGUCCACGUAUGUGGCCGUCCCGCUGCGGGAUUCCCUCCGAAAGCUCCAGAACUCCCGUAUCGUCGUACCAACGCUACUGCUGAUCAUCUUCCAGCAGUUUGUCGGAGCUCUUCCAGCCAUGUUCUACCUGCCGCGAAUCUUCACCCUCACCGAUGGUCAGUACAGUCCGGAGUGGACCGCCAUCUACGUGGCCGGCAUUUUCGUUCUCAGCAUUCCGGCCUAUCGUCUCAUGAACGUCCAGCUUCCCGACUACAAACUUCUCCUAUGGAGUGCUCUGCUAAUGGCUACGGCAAUGGCCGGUCUCGGAUGGCAUUGCCACGUCCAGGGUAUGCGGGGACACUCGGAUGAGAAUGGCCACAUUCCGCUUCUCUGCGGAGGAAUCUUCAUCUUCCUGUACGCCAUUGGAUUCCAACGAGUGCCCUGGAAGUGGCUUGACGACUCGCUGGAACCGGAGAACGCAUUCCCCGUAAGAACCAUUGCCACAUCCAUCAGUUGGGCUUCGCUCUACGUUUGCGUCCGUCUAGUACCGACCCUAUUGACCCACAUCGGAGUGGGUUGGCUCUUCUGGAAUAUGACCAUCGUGUUGCUGUUCGGUGUGCUCUUCCUACUGGUGGCCUUCCCCAACAUGGACAAGGGUGCCAUUCCAAGCAAAACGCUUACCGAAUGCAACAGCUCUUCGUCUUCGUCGGCGUCGAAUUUGGGCCCGGCGGAACACGUAGUGUAGACAGCUCGGCGUUCGGAGCAUUUGGACGGCAAGUCGCAACUUAAGACUGAUUGGAGCAACACUCACUCAAGUUAAACCAUAUUGGAAGGCUGCCGGCGGAAAUGGUAGCUUUGACAAUUAAAUUAUAUACGUAAACGAUUGCCAAUAUUUUAGGUUAGGUUCCGUUGUUUCUAGUUUGUUUUUAAAAGCUUAGAAUGUAGGGUAAUAGUUUUUUUCUAUUAGGAAUGUACGUAUACGAGACUUUUGAA